UGAAUCUUUAACAACCGUACAAAUCAACAUAUGCGUUACGACAUUCUUGAUGGCUGGUAAUAAUCGUUCAGUGAACUGUUCAACUGCACUACAGCGAUUGAAACAAGACUACCUAAGGCUUUCAAAGGACCCGGUUCCUUAUAUAACUGCAGAGCCACUUCCAACUAACCUGUUUGAGUGGCAUUAUGUCAUCAAAGGACCAGCUGAUUCACCUUAUAAAGGAGGUUAUUACCAUGGGAAACUUGUUUUUCCGAGAGAUUUUCCAUUUCGACCUCCUUCAAUAUACAUGAUAACACCAAACGGUAGAUUCGCAUGUAACACGAGACUGUGUCUAUCAAUAAGUGAUUUUCAUCCCGACACAUGGAAUCCUGCAUGGUCUGUUUCAUCUAUACUAACGGGCUUACUGAGUUUUAUGCUGGAGAAUACGUGUACCAUGGGUAGUGUUGUGACUUCAACAUGCACUAAAAAACAGCUAGCCAAAACCAGCGGAGAUUUUAACCUGAAGUCUGAAAUUUUCUGUGAAUUGUUCCCUGGAAUUGUUAAAGAGAUUCGCGAAAAUCUGACAGCUGAAGAACUUCGUAGUAAAGUUUUAAAUUCAUCAAAUCAACGUCAGUCACAAUCCGAUGUAAGUACAAAUAACUCCGGCAUAAAUGGUGAAAAUAGAAAUGAAUGGCAUAUCUCCAAAUUAUUUGUCCUGAUCGUGUUUAGUAUAUUUGCUUUUCUUGUACAACUUGUCAUGAGAUUUUUAGAACCUAUUUGAUAAGUUAUCCAUACUUAAUCGGUUAUUUCAUGGUAGUGAUAACGUACAAUGGUGUGUGGAUAUUGUGUCACUUGUCUACUCUAUCGUUCUUUCAACUGUGUAAAAUUCAUGUAUAACUAUCCUCAGUGAUUAACUUUUGAUCUAAAUUUUUAAUUCUUAUUGUAACUAUUUUUAAUUUUUUCUUUAUGAAUUGGUCACAAUGAUGGUAAACACGAAUGCUGCGCAUGUAUCAUAUGAUAUACUUGUAAUGUCUGUGAUUUGUGAAUGACUUUUUUGUGUAGUACUAAUAAAAAGCAAACACAAGAAAAAAUAUGUAUAGCUAUAACAGUGUGGAUUGUUUUAGCUUUCAGUUUGUUGCAUACUCAAUUACUACUGAUAAAUGGUGUUUCUGAUGUUGUAUAUAUACCAAGCCACUUUAAAAUGAAUACACUCUCAGUGUCUAGCUAGUCCAUCCCCUUGUACUUUCUUCAUGUUUGGAUCUUCAAAUUAGGCCCUAGGAGGUUUUUCUGUUACAAUGUUUUUGCAUCGAAUUCUUGUUCGCACUAAACUAUUAUUGAACUUUGGAGUGCGAACCCUCCUCUACCGAAACAUUCAAACGAUAUGUGCUGUAAGGAAAGUCUAUCUAUGUUUAUCAUUCAGUUGAAGUCGUUUUGAAAGACACCCGUCCACCAUGCUUAAAGUUUUC